AUGCCGACGCCCGAUCUCAAAGACUUUCGCGCACAAUUGGAAACCCCAGACACUAAUCGCCCUACACCCCAGGCUCCAGCUCAGGGAACAGCCACGGGUCAUGUACCCGUGCAGGCUGCCGCCCAAGCUCCUGCCCAGAGUCCCGCUCCUGUCACGCCCGAACCCCAGCAGCGUCAGAGACCUAGUUCCGCAGACACUGAUAUGGAGGAGGAUGAGGAGGAUCUCAGUCACAACGAGAAAUUGCUUAUAAUCAGAGCAAUCUCUGACGCAUCUGACGACCCAACCAUGUUUAAGAACGCACUUGACAAUGCUCUUCCGUUUGCCGUGGAUUUUAGAAAGCUACAAGCGCUUCUCCAUCCCGACAAAUAUCACGGAGAGGAAAAGAUUCAAGCUCAAAAGGCUUUCCAAAACGAAAAGGCCAAGGCUGCUGUUGCCGCGCUUGACAGCAUCAACGCCGAGAUGAGGGUUGGAAAUGAACAAAUGAAGAAAGACCCUGAUCUCGGGACUAUCCGGUACCCUGAUUUAUUUGGGCGCUAG